AUGAGUGCACAAAAUUCAGAUGUUGAAGAAAUCAAUGAACAAUAUGGUAAAAUGCAGAAUUUUAAAAAAAUCAAACGCAGUACAAACAUUAAACAAAAAAAACAGAAUGAAAUAAUGACCAACACAAGUGAACAAAAUUCAGAUGAUGAAGAAAUCAAUGAACUUUAUGCUAAAAUGAAGAAUUUAAAAAAAAUCAAAAAUAAUAUAAAUGGUAAACAAAAAAAAAAAAAAAUAACAAUGAGUACAAGCAACCAAAAUUCGGAUGAUGAAGAAAUCGAUUUUCAGUCACAUUUAUUAAAAUUAGAACAAGAAUAUGAUGGAUCAACAUUAAACAAUCAAAACUGUAUACGUGUAAAAAAACCAGGUGGUGGUAAUUUUUCAAUUAAAAUACCGGUGAAUCAAGGAGGAGGUGAUUAUUUGGUUGUUCAAAAGUAUAAGACAGCCGAUAUGGAAAAAGUAGAGUCAAAAGAGAGAUGGAAAACUAGUACAUUUAACGCAAAAAUUAUACUCAACGAAAAAGAUAAAGCUGACAAUGCAAUAAUAUUAGCAUUCAAUAACUUACAAGAUUUGAUGAUGGAUAAAUUUAUGUGUAAUGAUGAUAAACAAAUUGAAUCUUAUCAAUAA